AUGCAUUUCGUCGACCACCCCUUGGCUCAAUUAAAGCUGUUCCUCAAGUAUGCAUUUCGACGACCACCCCUUGGCUCAAUUAAAGCUGUUCCUCAAGUUGGUGACAGAUCUGUAGACAUGACUACCGUAUCCGACUGGAUUGAAUCGAAACUUCGUCUCCUUAUUGAAAAGAACUUGGUAUGCCCAAACAUGGAUGACAUCAUACUUCCUGUCAUGUCUGGUAAUGAUCUUCUGCGCAAAGGUGCUUACAACCAGUGA